AUGAGGCAAAGCAUGAAAAUAGUUGUUUUUCUAGUGGCACUGAUGGCCAUAUUGGCGCCAAGUGGGGCUUAUGCCUCCAAAAAAUCUUUGGCAAAUUAUGCCAUGGCCCGUUCCAUUGCCGAACCGAAUGAAAACAAUGGCCAAUAUAUUGUCUACUCCCAAAAUGAUAUGUAUCAGAAGAAGGACAAACCCAAGGAACCCCAGAUCACCGAAGAUGACUUCGAGGAGGAACCCGAGGAAAAGGAGAAUGACAACCGCAAAGUACCCGAUUACCUAUAUCCCAGUGUCAUACCCAUGGCCUCCGAUAAUAAUGUGAAAAUUGUUAUACCUCAAAUGAUUUAUGGUCUGGAGAAUCGUGGGGGUUAUCAUCAGGAUAAGAAAAUGUCCAACAAUUAUUACAACACAAAUAAUCCACAACGUCUAUCGCUGCCAAACUCUAAUUUACAAUUUGGUUUAAAUUUCAAUGGCAAUGCUGGUUUUGGCAAGGUACCCUCAACACACAUGGAAAAAGAGGAUGGACAACAAAUGAUGCCGCAGACAGCAAUUUUACCCAUUGUAAUAGCUGGACAACCGGGACCACCAGGCCCACCUGGUCCUCCCGGUCCAGCAGGACCUCCUGGACCAAUGGGCCGACCCGGUCCCAUGGGAAGACAAGGUCAUCAAGGACCACCCGGCCCACCUGGACCCCAAGGACCUCCAGCACAAAGUGGUAACUCUUAUGCAACAUUGGGGCAGACUACGGGAUUAUGGUAUACCAAUGGGAAACCCUUGAUAACAAUACCACAAAAUAACUACAAUAAUGAGGAAUAA